CCUUUUCAAAGGCUGUUCUAAAAAAAAGACGAUCCUAGCCGAAGGGGCAGGCUCUUACAUGCUACAUUUCUGGCAUUGUAAAUUGGAAGAGUUGCUGGUUCUUGGGCACGAGACAUGUCAUCUGUCACACCAGCCGUGGAAACAGCUUUUUCUGUUAAUUCCGAACGCCCUCUCUCGUACCCUAAGCCCCAAGCUGAGUUCCAAGAAAUCGUUCGAAACCCGGAGCUUUUCUGGCAAAAGCUUCAAGCUUUUCACAUUUCAUUGGGUGCCAAAUACUUUAUCGUGAUGUGGAUACUUGAUUGACUCCAAGAGUCUAUUUUGGCUAAUUGGCAUUGCUGGAACCCUAGCUCACGCAGCAAUGAUUCCUACUGUAGCAGGAAAGCCUCUAGACCUUUACCGCCUUUUUGUGGAGGUUACGUUGCAAGGAGGAAUUGAUAAGGUUAUUAGAGAUCGACGAUGGGAGGACGUGAUUGGGGCCUUUAGUUUUCCGUCCUAUGUAACAAGUCCAUCGUUCCUCUUGAGAAAGUACUACCUCUCUGUGCUAUAUCACUUUGAGCAGGUCUAUUACUUCCGCAAGGAAAAGCCUUCAUCUGCCACUGAUCCUACAAGCAAAACUUCCAGUUCCUUACAAACCAUGCAUCCUGUGGAUGGUGAUGCCACCAAGAUUGGACAUUCAGAGACUCCCAACAGUCUUGAAGUUGGCAACUCAGUUAUUGGCACAAUUGAUGCUAAGUUUGAAGAUGGCUAUGUAAUUACUGUGAAUAUGGGUUCGGAGGUAUUGAAUGGUGCUCUUUAUCAUAAACCUAUACAACCACACUCACCUCAAAGUGCUAGUACUUCUAGCGGACCUGCGAAACAGACUAGAAAGAAAUACCAGCUUGCACUACCAGAUCACUCUCGACCACGUCAAAAUCUAAGUGGCUACAAUUUCUUUUAUGCCGAACAAUAUGCCAAGCUUAAGCCUUCACAUCAGGGCCAUGCAAAAGCUAUCAGCAAGGAAAUUGGGCUGUUAUGGAGCCGGCUCACAGAUGCUGAGAAACAGGUUUAUCAGGAAAAGGGUUUGCGAGAUAAGGAGAGAUACAGGGUUGAGAUGCUUGAAUAUAAGUCCUCCCAGCCUGUACAAACUUAAGACAUAUAUGGAUGGUGUAUUGGUGUAUAAUUUCUGGUGUGAUGAAUAUACCCCCUCCUGGAGGCUCUUUAUUUAUUUAUCACAAGGGAAUUUGGCAUUUUCCUG